AUGGGCAACAUGACACGACUUCUCCUUUUGCUGUUGGCCGGUGAGUUCUCAACUAGCUUUUACAAAUCUGCUGCUCAGUUUUUGCUUGUUAUCUAUUGCUGUACAGUUUUCUUAAAUACAGCCUAGGCUGAACUAUGGGGUAACAAGGUUGACUUUGAGACUUAUUCCAUGUUUUAGUAAACCUACAGACUUGCCUGUCUUCUUAAUAUCAUGUCAUUAGAUUCUUAUUAGGAAACUUUUCUUAAGGUUAAAUUGAUGCAACUCCAAACUUCACCUGUCUCUAAUGUAAGGCUGCCUCAAAUUAAGGCCUGUUACCUUAGGCAGUAAAAACAAUUGAAAGAUCAGGCCUGUAUUUGAGGAUUUACAGGGAAGGACACCUGGUUUCUCUUAGGCCUCACAGUGAGCUCAGCUGAGAAUCUGGAGAAGAGGAUUGUUGGAGGUGCAACGUGUGGAAAUAAUGAGCGUCAGUACCAUGUGAAAAUUGUUGAUAAACAUGACAAUUUCAUUUGUGGAGGCUCUCUGAUCAGUGAAAAUUGGGUUCUGACUGCAGCUCACUGCUGGAAGAAGUAAGACAGUGUAACUUAUUUCAGAUUAAUUGACAUAUAUGUUAAGCUUAUACUUACUAAAUGUUUUCUGAUGAUAUGAUAUAAUAUUUAUACUUAAACCUCUCCUUAUUUUCAGAGGAAUAAAAGCAGUUUUAGGUUUGCAUCCUGAUCCAAAUCAAGCACAAACUGUGAAAAACAAAUCACACAAGAUCUUCAAGGUACCGGUGUUUCUUAUUUUCAAGAAGAAGCACGACAUCAUGCUGCUGAAGCUAGAGAACGCCAUAAGUACAAUUCCACCUGUGCCACUUCCCGACUGUAACAAUCGACCUGCUGUGUGAGUUUUUAUCUUUUUUUCUGUCAGAAGAGUAAGAAACUGUACAGUCCUGGUGAACGAGAUAUUUUAGAAUGACCUUGAAAAGGAAAAUCAUUAGAUAUAGAAAACGUUGUGGUUUUUUUUCCUUUAACCUCUUCAUAUUUUGUUGUGAAUGACAAAAAUAAUCAACAGUUCCUUUUAUUGCUUUUUUAUGUUUCAGCGGUGCCAUGGUUCAGGUUGCAGGUUAUGCAUCAACACAGAUGGGUCCCAACAAUGAGAGACGUGAGAUGACUCAUUUGUUUGAUUUACACAAUUAAUUCAGUUUAUCUCAGUUAUACUACUUUUGCAUAUAUAACAUGAGAUGGCUUAACCCAAAGACUUCUUCAUGUCUUUUACUAUCCAGUUAAUGAUGUAUCCCCUACACUCCAGUGUGUUGACCUUGAAAUUAGAGAUGAAACAAACACUAAAACAUGUAUGCUGGCCAGUGGAUCAAGAAGAGUAAGAAAUAAGGCUAAAGAGAACUGGGCACUUUACAGAACUGCUGGAAGGGACACAUCUCCAGUAAGAAACAACUUCUUAUCUCUAAUAGUUAUCUCGAAUCAUCAUAUCUUACCAUCUAAAGACAAAAGGUGUUUGAUUGAAUAACUUUUAAAAAACAAUAUCCAUUUCUGUCACAGGGUGACUCUGGUGGUGGGGUGGUGUUCAACGGCAUGCUCUACGGUGUCCAUGUUUUCUCUUUUAAUGGUGACUAUGCCUGUGUUGCGCCAGCUGGAUUCAUGCAGGUCUGUGAAUACAGGGCCUGGAUUGAAGAGACGGCUAACGUAGUAUUUCCUUAA